GUGAAAUUGGUGUGCGACCGCUUAAGUGCUUACCGACCGAGUUUCAAAGUUUUCUCAAAAUUGGUGGUCUUAUGCAUCAUCGUUCUGGUUUACUGGGGGUCCAGACUCCAUACUUCCUUCCCCCCCCCCCCCCCCCCCCCACUCACAACCCCACUUUACCCUCCUCUCAUUCAUCCCCUGAUACCUCCACUUUCUUCUCCAAAGAAACAAAUAAAGAUUUCAAAGAACAUAUUCUUUGCUUUUAAUUUCAGCCUGCGCCAUUCGUUUUUCUAAAGUUCGAGAGAGAACCCAAACCCCCUCCCUAUCCAUUUGAUUUAAAGCUCCUUCCUUUACAGCCCCUCUUGCUUUUUUUUUUUGUUUUGUUUUUUUCCCCCAUGGAAUGAAAGUCUUUGGAGGUCCAGAAGGCCAAAGCAGUGUCCUUUAUUCUUAUUCUUAUGCUUUCCUCUCUGGCUUUAAUUUGUUCUUGGUUCUUGAAAGAUUGAGUAUUUUUUUUUCUGGGUGAAUUCAAGAAAAAUACUUGGAGAUGGAACGUGGGGUUCUUGAUAGUUUAAUCAAUAGGCUUCUUGAAGUGAGAGGCAGACCAGGGAAGCAAGUGCAGCUUCAGGAGAGUGAGAUGAGGCAGCUGUGUCUUGUCUCCAAGGAUAUUUUUCUGAGGCAGCCUAAUCUUUUGGAGCUUGAUGCUCCUAUCAAGAUUUGUGGUGAUAUUCAUGGUCAGUAUGCAGAUCUUCUGAGGCUUUUUGAGUAUGGUGGAUUACCCUCUCAGUCCAACUAUCUGUUCUUGGGGGAUUAUGUUGAUCGCGGGAAGCAAAGCCUAGAAACAAUAUGCCUUCUCCUUGCAUAUAAAAUUAAGUAUCCUGAGAAUUUUUUCCUUCUGAGGGGUAACCAUGAAUGUGCUUCAAUAAACCGAAUAUAUGGCUUUUAUGAUGAGUGUAAACGAAGAUUCAAUGUCAAACUCUGGAAAGUGUUUACAGAUUGUUUCAACUGCCUUCCCGUGGCAGCUCUCAUUGAUGAAAAAAUACUCUGCAUGCAUGGAGGGCUAUCUCCCGAGUUAAACAAUUUAAAUCAGAUCAAGACCUUAAAGCGACCUACUGAUGUCCCAGAUAGUGGUUUGCUAUGUGAUCUCCUGUGGUCUGAUCCUAGCAAAGACAUUCGAGGUUGGGGACCAAAUGAUAGGGGAGUUUCCUUUACCUUCGGUGCUGAUAGGGUAACAGAGUUUCUUCAGAAGCUUGAUCUAGAUUUAAUUUGUCGAGCUCACCAGGUUGUCGAAGAUGGAUAUGAGUUCUUUGCGAAUAGGCAACUUGUGACAAUAUUUUCAGCACCUAAUUACUGUGGUGAGUUUGACAAUGCUGGGGCAAUGAUGAGUGUCGAUGAGUCUCUUAUGUGCUCUUUCCAGAUAUUGAAGCCUGAUAAGAAGCCAAAGUUUAGCUUUGGGAGUAGAGCUGCACCUAAGCCGGGUACUCCAUUGAAAGCCAAGUCGUUUCUUGGUGCAAUGGCGUAAGGUAUUGCGAUCGGAGAUUUCUGAAGAAAGUACCUGCCUUAAGUCGGAAAUAGGCAACGUGCCGGUUUAACUGUUUAAGUCCUCUAAUUGUUUUCAAUACAAAAACACAAAAUCGCAACUUCUUUCAGCUAGAGAGAGUGCAGAAGAUCUUCCCAGAAAAUGUGCAAUGCCCUUGUAUGCAGUGGAGACUAGUACUACACAGCCCACUCUAUGCAAGAGCAAUAGGUAAAAAGUUGGAAAAAGAGUUUUUUUUUUUCCUUUUCCUUUUUCUUUUUUCUUUUUUGUGUUUUUUGGGUGGGUUGUUUGAGUCUUGCUUUUCAUGUAAAAUAAAAAAUAGUUGUAAGACUCGGUUGAUUAUUCUCAUAUCAGUGUUGAAUCUGUGUAUUAAUCAAGGAACGAAAA